ACCUUAAAUGUGAUAUAAGCAGCGGCGAUUUAUACCUAAAGUUCAGCUAUGUGGAUGGAGAAACCAGCUGCAACUCAGUGUCCUCCGGGUCUUGAGUACUUGACUCAAGUGGAUCAGUUGCUAGUUAAACAAUCGAAAGAAAUCUAUGAGGCAAUAUUCGGUUUUGAAACGCCAAAUCGGUAUACAUGUUACAACGUUUUGGGACAGCCUGUUUAUAGAUGUUAUGAAGAAUCUAGCUGUUUUGAACGCACAUUUUGUACAUCGUCGAGGUCUUUUACUCUGCAUAUUGUCGAUGGUACUAGUACUGAGGUUAUCGUUGCAAGACGACCAUUUCGCUGUGAUUGUUGUCCGUGUUUCGCUUGCUGUGAUUCUUGUCUGAGCGAAGUUGCAGUGGAGUGUCCUCCUGGCAAUGUCAUUGGCUAUGUGAGACAAGUGUAUAGCGGUUGCUAUCGUAAUUAUGUUAUUUUGGAUGCCAAUCAGAAUACUGUUCUUCAAAUUCAAGGUCCACCGUAUUGUCUAUGCGAAUGUAUUGGACAGGACAUUGAUUUUAAGAUCACUUCUGCUGAUGGUGCUGUGAAAAUUGGUAAAAUCACAAAGAAAUGGACGAAUUUCUUUCAAGAAUUGAUCACAGAUGCAGACAAUUUCGGUGUUAGUUUUCCUAUGGAUUUGGAAGUGAGAAUGAAAGCGGUUCUUUUGGCUGCUGUUUUCUUAAUUGAUUUUAUGUACUAUGAAGAUUCACGACAAAAUUAAUAUUUAAGCACAAAGCAUAUGCUCCAAUAUUGGGAGACUGGAUUAUGCUGCUGCUACUGUUGCGUGGCAUCAAGAAACAACAUAGAUAGAUGGAUAUAUACCCAGUGCUGAAUUCAUCAUCCUUUUCUCUUCACUACUCCCUCUCCUGCGCCAAACCUCCUUUGUUUUUCUAUUAUUUGUUAUAUAAUGAGAGAAUUUUUAUUCUUUUUUAUGUGUGCGCGUGUGUUUUUGAGAAACUCCCUUUUAUCGAUUGAUUAUGAUCUUGAUUAUGUAACACAGAUGAUUUUUUUGUUUUGACUUUACAUACCUCUGAUUUGCCUUUCUGCUUAAAAGAAAAAAUGACUUUUUUGAUUGUUCCCCCCCUUUGUGUGUCUCCCUUUGGCUUAUUUCUCUCUCUCUCUCUAAGAAACUGUGAUCAAAACUUUUUGUGAUACAUGCAAGUGUGUGAAUUGUGUUCACAUUAUUAUUUGAUGAUGAAUACAUUUCUAACUUACACGUUGACUUAUUUUCUGUUUGCCUAUGCAGAUUGAAGAGAGCGCGCCUUAUUCAACCAGCCUUAAUCUACUUAUUAUUAUCAUGAUAUUAUGUAACCAUUCUUCCAUUUUACAUACAAUUGAUUUUUCACUUUGCAUACAUAUUUAACCGAGAUAGAGAGAAAGAGAUAGAUAACUUUGUUUUUCUACAAUAUAUUAAUUGAUUUA